AUGGUAGAGUUUGCCAUUAACAACUCGGUGCAUGCGUCCACGACCCAUACACCGUUUUACGUGAAUGGCUUGCGCCAUCCGCGUGUACCCACCUUACUAGAGUGUAACUCUGGUUUAAGGGGGGGAUGGACUCGCGCGAGCAAAAACCGAUUUGGUUCACGCUCAUCAUGCUCUGACAAAGAAGUCAUUGCGUUUGAUGCCGAUAUCGAUAACAUCGAUAUCGAAGAAGAUGAUGCCAGUGAGAGUGCGGAAGCCCUCACUGAAGACAAUGAUCCCAGUGAGAGUGCGGAAGCCCUCACUGAAGAAAAGGUUGAUGUUGCUGCAGUGCGCUCACAGCACACUGAAGCUAACGAGUCAUCAGAUGAGUUCAUACUGGCUCGUGAAACGGUAGUCCGUUUUGUGCAAGACUACAUCGCCGAAGCGGUGGAUAAGCAAAAGCAAAACGCUGAAAAGAAUGGAAGGGCAAACACUCUUUUAUUUAAUAAAGGUGACUUAGUCCUACUGUCUACGGUUAAUCUACCAAAGCAUGUAAUGACUAACUUGGGUAGCAGUAAACUACUACCCAAGUACAUUGGCCCAUUUCGUGUAUUGCACCGCCUAGGCAAUGCAUACACGAUCGAGUUGCCACGUAAGAUGCGAACGCAUCCCACGUUUUACGUUGGUCGGCUUAAGCCGUACCAUCAGUACGCUGCUUCUUCCGAUGAAGAACGCCCUUGCGCUCAAGCAUCUCGCAGAGAGCGUUGUGCUCCCGAUGGUGGGCAUCAACAAGGGUCUGAAGAGCAGCUAUCUCAUCCCGAGACCGAUCAACAAUCCCACGAGCUACCCUUAGCUCGUCACGAAGAGAUGUCAGAGAUCUCUCGUUCUCAAGCUGAGCAAAGGCAAACUCAGCUCGAUGCUUCGAAGCAGUGUCCGCCAUUUGGAGACGCCUAUUCCGCUCAUGUUCGAGAUCGUCGCGUAACCCUUGCGUUACGCGAUCAAAGAAGCUCUCGGGAACACACCGAUCCACAUGAUCGUGUGGAGAGCGUCUUUCCUCCUCCUCCACCUCCUCUGAAGGACUCUCGUGAUGGCCAGCGCUAUCUGAUGAAGCGGCUAUUGAGCCGCCGCGACGUGAACGGACGUCGGACGAGUUAUCUCGUCAGGUGGCGCGGUUAUCCCCCGUCCUGGGAUACUUGGGAGCCCGCUCCCAACUGA